AAGGAAACCCAGCCCUCAGCGUCGCAGUUGCCACAGCAACGCCUAGGGGCUCGGUUGGCCAUGAGGUCUCGCCAAGCCAGAGGGGCCAGCUGGGUGCCCAAGACAGGGAGCCAGGUACCACACAGGUGUGGGGCCUGUGCACUGAAGGACCUGGCCUGGCCAGGGUCCCAGGAGGAAACGCACCUGGCAGCCAAGCCCUGGCUUUCUCUGUAGUCCUGUGCUCGUGCUCCGGCCCGAGAUGAGUUCUGCCUCCCGCGAACCUGGCGCUGGGGACGCCGCAGAGCAGUCCCGGCUGGGGCUGGACGCUGUGAUCCAGAGGUUUCCUGCUCGUUUGGAAUGGGCCAUCUCAGCGCCCCGCGUUCACAGGCCCCUGAGCAUCCUCCCCACAGUCAGCACCACAAUUAGACCCAAAGCUGGAGGACACCAUCCUGAGCCCCUCAGCCAGCAGAGAAGACCGGGCACUCACCAUGCGUGGGGAAGGCCGGCAGGCCUCGCCCACCCCCGUACCUGCCCGCAUCCGUGAGAUCGUGGCCAGCAGCCUGGGCGAGGAGCCACCCCAAGGGGUGCAGGAGCCGCCGGCCCCCUUGGCCCACGUGCAGGAGGAGAACGAGCUCCUGCAGGAGGAGCUGUCCCGACUGGAGGAUCUGCUGGCCCAGGCGGGCGCUGAGCGGGACGAGCUGGCCAGCAGGUACCAGGCGGUGAGCGAGCGGCUGCAGGCCCGGCUGCAGACCACGGAGGCUCGGCUGCGGAGGUCGGAGCUGGAGCACAGCGUAGACCUGGAGGAGGCCCUCGGCCGUCUGGAAGCCGCCGAGCAGAGGAGCACCGGCCUCUCCCAGGUGAACGCCCUUCUGCGGGAACAGCUGGAGCACUUGAAGAAGGCCAAUGACACACUGGCCGAGGAGCUGGCCAGGACGACAGGCAGCGUGCUCCACCUGCGGGGUGAGCUGGAGCUGAGGGAGGCGCAACGAUGGACCGAGAGAGAGACCCAGCGUACACGCUCAGGGGAGCCCCGGGACUUCCUCCUCAUGUGGAGACAGGUCACAGCGCUCCGUGCACACCUGGCUGAGCUGCGUGCAGCCACUGAGAGGGGUCUCGCUGACAUGCGAGCGGACACAGCCAGGACGGCCCGUCGCCUGCACAGGGCCUGUCUGAACCUGGACUCCCACCUGCGGCUGUCAGCCAGCCGUGCAGCUGACGCCCUGGAGCAACGGGCCCUGCAGGGCACACGGCUGGAGCAGCAGCUUCGGGACAAGGUGCGGGAGAUGCUGCAGCUUCAGGGCCGCUGGGACACGGAGAAGGUGGCGCUCCAGGCCAGACUCUCAGAGCAGAUGCUGCUGGUAGAGAAGCUCACAGAACAAAACUCGAAGAAGGAGAGAACCAUCUCUUCCCUCAAAAUGGACGUUCAGAAACUGGAGUCCCGGCGCCGCGGAGGCCGGCUGGCAGCGGACGACCUGAGGGACCAAGUGGAGUCGCUGCAGCACGUUUUGGACAGCAUCACUGAGGUGGCCCAGGCAGACUCGGGGUGCCUGGAGCUGGUGUGGAGCAGCAGCGUGGAAGGCGAGGAGGCGCAGGACCGACUGAGGAGCCCCCCACGCACUGCGUCCCCCCACCGGGGCGUGUCGCCACCACGGACCCGCUCCCCGGCUGCCUCGGACCCUGCACUGAGGGCCGUGCAGGCAGCCAUUCAGAGGUGGAGGCUGAAGGAGCAGGAGCUGCGCCUGCAGCUGGAGUCCUCCCAGGCGGUGGCGGCCGGGCUCCGGGAGCAGCUGUCGGAGAGCCAGCAGGAGCUGCGGGCCUCGCGGAGGCUUUUGCAGGAGCGGGCGCAGGAGCAGGCGCGGGAGUAUGAGGACCUCCUGGGCAAGCUGGAGGCGCAGAGCCGGGAGGCACAGCACUGCAGGGCCACCAGCGAGCUCCUGGGAAGGGAGAAGAAGGCUCUGGAGUCGGUGGUGGAGGAGCUGCGGGGGAAAGCGAACACUUGGGACGUGGAGAGGCAGAGGCUGGAGACCAAGAACGCUGAGCUGCAGAGAAGCCUCCUGCUGUGGGCGGGGCAGAAGGAAGAGCUGGUGCAGUGGGGCCAGCGGGGCCGGAGGGAGCUGGAGACCAGUCAAGGGCGCCUGGAGCAGCUGGAGGAGAAGGUCUCCCGGCUCAAGAAGGAGCUGUUGUCGGUCCGGGAGGCACUGAACACCACGCAGCUGCAGAGGGACGUUCUGGAGAGCGAGAGGGAGGGUCUGCGUGGUGCCCUGGCCCGGGCCGAGUCGGGCAGCGCUGACCUGGAACUGCUAGUGACUCGGCUGAAGUCCGAGGGGGUGGAGCAAAGGGACUCUCUGGCCAAGAUGGCCGCCCUGAUGGAGGGGCUGGCUCAGGACAAAGGCACCCUGAACCACCUGGUCCUGCAGCUGGAGCAGGAGCGGGACCAGCUACGGGAGCAGCAGAAGGCUCUGGAGCAGGAGCGGGCAGGCGCCCAGGAGCAACUGGCACAGGCGGAGCAGCAGCUGGAGGUCGUGCGGGCCGAGCGGCGGGGCCUGCAGCAGGCCUGCGGGCGCCUGGAGGAGCAGCUGGAGCAGCUGGAGGGGCGGGCGGCCCAGCUCAGGCGUGAGAGGGCCCAGCUGCUGGAGGAGGUGGGCCAGGUCACGUGCAAGAAACAGGCCCUGGAGGAGCAGCUGGCCCAGAGCCUGCAAGACCAGGAGGCCCAGAUGGCCACUCUGCAGAGGACCCUGAAGGAGAAGGAGGCCCUGUCUGAGGAGCGGACUCAGCUGCUGGCCCAGCAGGAGGCCCUGGAGAGGCAGGGCCGGCUCACGGCUGAGGAGGCAGCUGACCUCAGGGCUGAGCGGGACUCCCUGGAGAGCAGCCUCUUGGAGGCCCAACAGCUGGCGAUGCAGCUGCAGUCACAGCAGGAGCAGCUGGAGGGAGAGGCCCAGAGUGCACGGCUGGCUCGGCAGGCCCUGCAAGUGGAAAUGGAGCAACUAAAAAGCACCUGGGAGGUCCAGGAGACAAAGCUGCAGUGGGACGUGGGACGGCUCCAGCGGCAAGUGGCACAGCAGGAGCGGGAUAUGCAGCUGGCCCUGGAGAGCCAGGCGCUGGCCCACCGUGAAGACCUGGCACGGCUCCAGAGGGAGAAGGAGACCCUGAGUCUGUCUCUGACAGAGGAGAAGGAGGUGGCAGCACGCCGGUUGGAACAGGAGAAGGAGCUGUUGGCGAAAAGUGCAGCCAAGAGGGAGGUUCUGAAGGAGGAAAUUCAGAGCCUGAAGCACGAGCGAGAUGAGAGCCUCCUCCAACUGGAGCAUGAGAUGCAACAGGCCCUGUCUCUGAAAGAAGCAGAGAGGAGCCUGCUGCGGGAGGAGCUCUCCAGGGCCACAUGGGAGCUGGAGCGGCUGCAGCAGGAGGCCCAGAGCCGGGAGGAGCAAGCCGAGGCCACCAUCAGUGCCACGACUGCAGAGCUGAAGGCCCUGCAGGCCCAGUUUGAGGACGCCAUCUCGGCCCAUCAAACAGAGGCUGCGGCUCUGAGCAAGAGUCUCCGGGAGAUGGCGGCAGAGCGAAGCAACGCAGGGAGAGAGGCCGAGAGGCUGCGGGCACAGCUGGAGGAGGCACAGGAGGGGCUGGCCGCGCUGCGCCAGGAGCUGCAGGGCAGCGAGGAGAGCCGCGAGGGGCUGCGCCGGGAGGCCCUGGAGGCCCGGCAGGCACUGGGCGACGAGACCCGCGAGAAGGACGUGCUGCAGCUCUCCAACGCCGAGCUGCGGGCUGCCGUCCGCAGGGCUGAGCAGGAGAAGGCCAGUUUUAAGCGUUCCAAGGACGAGAAGGAGCAGAAGGUGCUGGUCCUGGAGGAGGCCCAAGCCGCGGCUCAGAAGCAGGCGGGCGAGCUGCGGGCCAGCCUGCGGGAGGCGGAGCAGGCGCGUGGGGAGGCCCGCCGGGAGCUCCAGGAGCUCUGCAGACAGGUGAAGACGCUGGAGGUGGAGAACCGCAGGAGGAGCCAGGAGGUGAGCCGUCUGCAGGCCCGGGUCGUACAGGAUGCUCAGCGGCAGCAGCAGAGUCGGCAGGAGGCACUGGAGCUGCAGAGGCAGGUGGCCGAGGGGGAGGCCGCCCAGAAGGAGGUCCUGAGGCUGCAGCGAAAGCUGGCGGAGGUAGAGGCAGGAGGGGAGGCCCGGGAGAGGCAGCUGGAGGAGCGCCUCCACGAGAGCCGGGGCACCGAGCAGAGCCUGCGGGCUGAGCUCCGCGGCGUCACCGGGCAGCUGCAGCAGGCCAGUGGUGUGGCUGACGGCCUCCGGACUCGCCUGGACGAAGCCUGCCGCCGGGUCCACAGCCUGGAGCAGCAGCUGGCCCACACCGAGGGCGCCAGGCAGGAUGCAGAGAGCCAGCUGGGCCGGCUGUGGUCCACGCUCCGCCGUGGCCUGGGGUUGGGGGCACGGAGCCCCUCCACCUCCCCUGAGCGGCCUGGCUCCCCCACCAAAGGCUCAGAUGGCUCUGAGGGUCACUCUGGGCGGCACAGUGCCAGCUCCCCCACCAGGUCCCGCUCGCCCCUCCCAUGGCCCUCGCCUGCACCCAGAGACCACGGCCCAGAGGUGGACGUGGCCUCUGUGCGGGACACGCUGAGAGACUUUGUGCAGAAGCUGCGGGACGCCCAGCGGGAGCGGGACAACUGGCGCCUCCAGGUGGCCAGCCUGAGCAGCCGGCUGAGUGAGGCGGAGAGCGAGCGUGCCCGAGCCCAGAGCCGCAUGCGGCAGCUGCAGAAGGCGCUGGCUGAAGCGGAGGAAGGCUGGCGCCAGGCGGAGGGCGAGACGAGCCGCGCCCGGGCCGCGCAGGCCCUGCAGGAGGAGGCGCUCCAGAGGCUGCAGACAGAGCACCUGGCGAGCAAGCGGGCAGCCGGCUGGGAGCGGUGGCGGCUCCAGGAGCGACUGGACAAGCUGCACCACGCCCUGGAUGAGAGCAGGAGGCACAGCCAGGGCCUGGCCCAGAGAGGGAGGCUGCUGAAGGAGCAGGUCGCUGGCCUGGAGCAAAGGUGCCAGGAGGCCGAGGGUGUGCAGGAGCCCCUGCAGCAGGUGGCCAGCCUGAAGGAGCAGCUGGACCAGGAGGUGCAACAGCAGCGACGGCGACAAGCCCGCCUCAGCCAGGCCUCCCAGGCCAAGAAGUGAGGCCUGCUACAGCCCCCGGGCGGCCUGAGUGCUGGACCAGCAGAACCGCUAUUCGGGACACCACUCCUGACGCUGCCCAGAGAGGGGCCGAGCUUGAGGGCUGGAUGUGGUGCCAGCAGAGGUGCGAGGGCACAGGGGGCCACUGCCCCCAGCCCACCAUGCCUUCCCGGGGGGCCUAGUUCAGCAGGUGCCCCCAAUUCCACUGACCACAGAGCUCCUCCCAGCCCUCAGGACCCUGGCCUCUGGCUGGCACUGGGCCUCACUUCAGGUCACUCCUUUCUGAGGCCCCGCUCCUGGCUGCAGGAAUCUCCGCAGAGCCUGCAUGGGGCCUGGCACUCGGCUGCCACUUCAGACGUGCGGAUCUGGCCAGACCCUGGUGGCCAGGCCCCGUGAGGUUGGCUUCCGUGGCCGCAGGCUGCAUUCCGUGCCCUCAGCUCUGUAAACACAGGGAAAUACGUGGAAAACAUUUCCACCGACUGGAGCCAAAAACAUAAUGUCCUGCAAGGCCCAGCCACCGCAUCCCCACGUCCCAAGGCGGCGGAACCUUCCGUAUCCAGGAACUGCAGGUCCGUCACGGUGGCAGGUGGCUGGAAAUGACUCAGAGUCAAGUCCCCGUGACUCACUGGCCACAAGAGGCAUUGGAGUGUAAAGUUAACUUUGUUACAGAACCUCCCACUUUCCCAGCCCAUAAACUCUGGGAAAAUUCCUGCGGGAAUCCGGCCCUGGUUGCUACGGAGACCCAGGCAGCCAUCUUGGGCCUGCUGCAUGGUUCACCUGUUAGCAUUUUUACUCGUUUCCCCCAUUAACAUGAGUCAGAGUGAUUUGUUUUCCUCUCCAAACGGCCUCUUUUGUUUUGUAAGUGGUACAUUUACAGUAUCUCUGGGGCACCAGCCAGCCCAGUAAAUUCCUGCAUGCACAGGUGCCACUGUCCCCUGUGAGCUGUGCUCCUCUCUCCAGGAACUCCUGUCACACCCUCGAGAACACGCAUGGGGGGCGGGAAGGGCCAAAAGCUCAUGGAGCCCACCCCAUCACCAUCACUGUAAGCUGUUGCCCAAAUGUGUGACAGCCAUCAGUCUGUCUCAAGAUUGAUCCAGGACUUAAAAUAGGCUGUCCUGUCAGACCCGGCUCUCUGAUUUACUAAUGGAGUUACCACAUGUCGUAAACUGUACAAAAGCAAGGGCUAGAAAGAGGUGGGCAAAUAGGCUUCAUUCUGCCCGUCAGCUCUGCCUGAUUAUUGGUGGGUGUGUUGAGAAGGAUUCUGAAGUUCAGCUCAAGCUCAGAGGAAAAGAGCAGGACCCAUUAGUAAUGGAUGCUCCAGGCAAAGAGGGCGUUAGUGGUGGUGUACCACUCUGAUAUUCACCCACCAGUCAGGGCAAAUAGCAACCUGGUGGAGGAGAGCAGGCAGGCUCACCCCACUGAUGGAGGAUUUCCUGCAAAAUCAGGAAGGACAGGGCCUUGAGCAGUAACGUAUGGCGCUCAGGGCCUGGCAUUUAGGGGACAUGUCCCUUCCCUUCCUUGCCAACCCACCUGCAGUUCCCCUGUGGAGGACGCCCACCCCCUACCCCUAGCAGAAGGACCUGAGGGAUGGAGGGGUGGGGAGGAAGGAACCAGAGCUAGAGAUUGGCAUCUGUGUCAAUGCUUUCCUCUCCGCAUCCCUGCGGUGCCCGUUGGUGUCCCAGGUGUCACACCUUUGGGACUGGAGCUCCCGGCACAGAGAGGUGCUUAAUCAGUGCGCAUGGAUGAAGGAGGAGUACAUUUCAGACAUGAAAGAGGUCGGGAUGACUUCUCACGGUUAAAAUGACAGCCGCCCAUAAUGUGACCAAUAUACUGGCGACUUCGGAAUCCCUCUUGCCCCAGCUGCUCACAGGAGACAUUCAAAGUGCCUGUGAGGCCUUGAAGAUUUUUCUAUUUCAAUGAUCAGUUCAGUCAAUGUAGGAAAUGCUGUUUUUACUUAUUCAACAUAAAGUUGUAUACUUAGGAGAAGGAGGGU